GGUUGCUUCUUCCCCUGGCCACAUAACUGUCUCGUCUCUCCUCCUUACUCCUCAGUCCUUUCUUUGAGUUUUAUCCUUUAUGUAGUACAAAAUUCAAGAAACAACCACUCCGAUCUGUUUCCCAGUAUCUUUGAGCUCCUUUUCUUGUAUCUUUCAUGGAUUUGAACUUUCUUUCAUCGUGCUUAAUCGGCAGCCUUGGUGGUUCAACGGAUCUUUUGAUUUCUUCUGCUAAAAUCGAAGAUCACGGAAGUAGUUGAUGCACACUUGAUUGUUUGAUCUAUCGCUUCAACACAAAACUACGCUGCUUCUUAUGUAUGAACUUGCGGUAAAUGAUACGACCUCUUGGUCGCCAUAACCCUCACUGCUAAACUAUGCUACUAAUCGUGGUAAACACCUCAUGACCUCUUGAGGGGUACUUACAGGUUGGUGAGUUGACUCAUCAUGUCAGAUCAUUUAGUUCAUGCAUGCAAUGGUUGUGAUGGAAAAUCUGGUGAAGCUUUACACACUUACCAUUCUGUUUGGAUGUCUCAUUGGACACGAAGAAGUUGUGAUAGUGUUACACCGAAUCAUAAUAUUUCAUCUACUUCUUUUGGAAACAAACAAAAUUGUUAUGCUGCCAACGAUUAUCUGUUGAGUAGAGAGAAAGCGAUAGAGUCCAACAGUUACUCGCCAGCUAAAGAAACCAGAGGAAUUGAAACUGGAAAUUUCAAUUUCAUAAAUGAGAAUUUCAGAACGACUUCAACAACCUUGGGAACUAAAAAGCUAGCAUUUCAAUCUUUCCCAACAGAUGGUCCAGGCACAGUUGCCGAGAAUGUUUCAGCUGUAAAGAAUAGCAAAGAAAUUUGUGAUAUGAAAGCAUUAAGGCCACGGAUAACUAGCAACCUUGACUCCAAUAUGCAUACACUAUCUCUUGGGAGCAGCUAUAUGCUCCCGCCUAUCACAGUAACUCCAGAUGUUAACAAAAUUCCAUCUAGAGAGUGUGAUUCUGGGUCUGAUGAACUGUUACAGAUUAACAAAGAACCUGGAGAAACUAGUCGGGUGUUUAGAGAUAGCAGCUUUGUGAUUUCAAGGCCUUUUCUAGAAGAACUUCCUAGAUCAUCAAAUCACAUGGUGCAGUGUGGAAUUGAAAAUGGGGAUGACAGAAUACCUGUGCUUCCACUGGCAAGGGGCAAGCCUUUGCCAACUUCUGAAGAGCGUGUUUUUGAGCGUGAAAACUUUGAUUAUCAGAGACAGUCAACGUUUUUGGUUUGUGAAGAAAAAGUUGAAAGGCACUCAAAAUCUGCGAGAUCUUUAACUUCAUUUAUGCGGCAGAAUAAGGCAUCGCUGUUCCAAAUGGAUCCCCGGGCAAGCAACAAUCACUUGCCAAUAUUUGGUGGAGAACAAUUCCGGAGGAUGCAGAAUUUAUCUGGUAUCAGUCUUUUCCAGAAUCGGUCCAAUCUUCAGGAGCCAACCAGCCCACAGAGGUUAUAUCAUGGCUCUAACUCACUACGGAAAUUUUCAGAGUCACUUCAGGAUGUCGAGACCAUGAGAAUCUGCACUACUGUGGACUCUGUAGUCCCGCUGCAUGGAGAUCAUCCCAGAUUUUCUCAGACAACUCAAAGUUGGUUGAUAACAAAGAAGAAGAAGACUGACCUUAACUCAUUUAAAGAAAAACAAACGUACACAAGUUCAAGAGAAUGCACUGGAUUGAAUGGAAAUACAUUCUUUAAUUUCCAAAGUCUAUCUCCAUUCUCUAGUCAACAAGGGGCAAAGAUUCAGUCCCUUGGUGAAUCUACUGAUACUGAAGGGAAAGAAAAUGUUGGAGAUGUGAAUACUUCAGGUAGAUUCUUUUAUGCUGAAGAUUUGAAGGCUUUGGGCAAUUCCAUGAAAAGAGGAGGGAAAAAGGUUGUAGAUGGCUCUAACCUAAAAAAUGAAUCAUCAGCUGAAACAGACACCAUGGAUCUGGAUGAGUUAAAGGAGAAGAACCAGCUUUUCGGUGCAAACUCUUCUCCACCAAAUAAGGACCUCAGAAUGAGCUUAAUAACACCUCAAGUUAUUAUCGGUUCAACGGGGGAAGCUGGACACAGACGGCAUAGUAUCAAACUACCUGAUAUCAACUUGGAGCUGCCUGCUUUACCUUCUGGAGAUAAUGUGGAUCCAAGCUCAUCAAGAACUCAAAGCUUGGACAUGGAAACACUCCUUGCCCAUGCAGAGCAGCCAAGUCAAUCUGAAUCAGACUGCUAUGCUGGUGGUUCUUCGAAACCAGAGCCAAGCAACCGAUGGAUUAAGCGUCUUAGAUUGAGUGCUUCGGAAUCUUUUAGUUUAGGUACAAAGAGCUCAAAUAUGGGUAAGGAAAGUUGCCAUGAGAAAAGCAAUUUGUCUUCAGGAAAAAUUCUCAAAGGCAGUGUGGUUAACUCGGAGCCGACUGUUAGUAAACUACCUGGUAAAGAAUUGAUGGUGUUAGAUGAUGCGACUGCCUUAAGAAGGUAUGGUGAGUCAUCCUCCACGGAUGCAGCGAAGAAAGGCAAGGAUACAUUGACCUCGCCGUCUUGGAUACGGAGGUGGUGUCAUAAUCAAUCUGGAAUGCCACAAAAGAAGCCUGAUGCAAUGGUGGUUUUUAAGCCACAGAGUUCAAAAUUGGCAUCUGAGGACCUUCAAGACAAGCAAUGCCCGAGCAUUGCUGCUAUGGCCCUGAUGGGAAAGGCCAUGAAUGGUUUUCAAACAUGUGAAUUCCGGAGGAGGGGAUCUUUUAUAGUUUGGAACACCAGGGGUUUAUGAAAGUAUUCAUCCAAAAAGGACUGUGUCCUACUUUGAAGAGGAAGAGAUAGCUAGAAAGCUACUACUCUUGAUCAAGUCUAAUUUUUGGUGCUUGUGGUGUUUGAAAGCCUGCUUAUGGCAUUAGUGAGUACAUUUUUGUCUCUGUAUUUUUUUUUUUUAAUUAAAAUUUCCUCUUUUGUACUUCGCUGGUAUGUAGAAUAAGAAAGGAGAAGCUUUAGUACUGGUGGUUGUUUUGUAAAGUAACGUAUUAUUUUUAAUGGUGUAACAUCUAUCCAUGCAAGACAGAAGUUAUAGAGCAGAACUGAACGAAACAAUUCUUGCAGAAAAGGUGGGAUAGAAAUUCAUUGGCAAUGUAGUACCCGGAAUGGAACUUUGGUGGUGAUUAUUUCUGAGAUGGAGUUGAUGGGAAUGUGAUGAAAGAAAGAGUUGGAGGCCGUGGCUGAAUCAAAGGGACGAUCUGGGAUCAUUAUCAGCACUGGCCAAAGUUUCUGCAGCAGGCUUCUCUCUUCUCCACUAGUACGCUAUCUGAAUCUUUAACCGCCUUGUUUAUAUUUCUCAUAUCAACUUUUCUUCUUGUUUGCCACCUAGAUAUUGACAUUGAAGAAUGGGUUUCGACUUCAUGGCUGAUUCUUGAAAUUUCCUUCGUCAUAUACGCAUCAAAGGAUUUGUUUA